AUGGCCGGAUCCUACCUCGACCCCUUCAGCCCUUCCUCCACCGACUCGCCAACACAGUCUCUGAAUCCCAGCUUGGCCCCCAUCAUCCGCCGCACCCGGGCCGAAACCUUUUCGUCCUUCUCUGCCUCAUCCAAGCUCUUCCAUGACCUCCCGGCCCCAGAGAACCCCUUGGCGUCCAGCUCCGGCGGCGGCCGCAUUCGGUCGGGCUCGCUGUCGUCAUCGCUUCCACAAAACACCAGCCGACAGUCUUUUGGCAGUGCCCUGGCGCCGUUCCACCAGAACAGCUUCCCCUUGAACUUUGGCGCCUCGUCCUUCGAGUCGUCCUGGCACUCUGGCCCCAUGGAGCAGCCUGAUCCCCUCGCCAACUACCACCACCACCCCGGUGGCCAGUACGUCGAAGAUGUGCCCUACAACCUGGACUUUUUGCCCCUGGACGACGACCAGUCGGUCUACCAUCGCGGCGCACCCGACUAUGGCUCGCCGCAGCACGGCAUGCCUCCCCAGGGUGGCGUCUCCCAGAGUAUGCUCUCAUCGCACACUCUCCCCCCUCAACACCUGUACGGGCCCCCUGGUGUCGAGCCCAGCCUUUCGACCCGAAUACGCUCCCUCUCCAUCAACGGUCCUACGCCCGAUAGCAUUUCUGUGGGACCUGGUGGCCGUCCGCGAUCGAGCACCAUUGCCCAGACCGAGACAAUCCAGAACUCCUUCUACAGCUACCCCCGUGAAUUCAUCCCCAGCUCACACUACAACGAGCCCAAGUGGGGCCGCCACGAGAUGCAGCAUCCGCCCAAGAGUCACGACCGCCACAGUCGCGAUUAUGGCGCCGAUUACCACCAUUUCGAGCCCAGCGUUCCCGAUAACACCUUGCCCUCGCGCUGUCUCUGCAUCCGCAACAUCAACCUCACUGUCUCGGCCUCGGACCUCCUCCACACCUUUGAGCAGUUUGGUCCCAUCGAGUCGCUGAGGCUCUACUACGAAAAGGAGUGCGCCUAUCUGACCUAUGCCAAGAUGGAGCACGCCCUCCACGCCCAGAGGACCAUGGAUGCGGCUCGUAUCCGCUCGCUGCCCAUUCGUGUGGGGUUUGUGAGCCCUGAAACCAGCAACCUCGUCAAUGGCGCCGCAAACCCAGGUCCCAACUCUGGCAAUCUUCAGCCCGGCCAUCCCACCGCCACCGCUGGCGCUUCGAUUCAGGAAUCGUCUGGUGGCGCACCAACCAAGUCGCUGUGGAUCGGCAACAUCUCCCCAUCAACGGAUCCUGCAGAGCUGGAGGCGCUCUUCACACAGUACGGACCCAUCGAGUCGGCCCGGGUUUUGACCCACAAGAACUGCGGUUUUGUCAACUUUGAGCGCGUCGAGGACGCCGUCGAGGCCCGCAAGCGCAUGAAUGGCAAGGAGAUCGGCGGGUUUGUCGUCCGGAUCGGCUUUGCCAAAGUACCCGGCCGUGGGGACUCGGUCAACACGAGCUCGCCCGAGUCGUCUCCUGGCCAUGGGAACUUUGCCACGCUCCCUCGCCGCGAAACUCAAGACAGCCACGACGCCGACAGCAGCCACAGGUCUCAACCGAUCAACCCUGUGCCGAUCCCACCCUCGUAUGGCUACAGCAGCCGCCCUCAGAGCGAGCACAGUGGCAGUCCGGUUCACAGUGACUAUACCCAGCAGCAGGCAUCUUCUUAUCGCUCCGAGCCCCAAAGCACGCCUGUUGUGUACCGGGACGGACAAUACGAGUCGGUCAUCCCGCCCCUGCCUGAAGCGAAUCCCAAUCGACGUGUCGAUCAGAACAGACUGCGCGAGCUUCGCAAGAAGCUUGAGAGCUCCAUCUCCUCGCAGGAGGUUGAGGCCAUCUACGCCGAGGUUUUGGACGAGGCUUCUGAGCUGGCGACAGACUACAUCGGCAACGUUGUUCUCCAAAAGAUCAUCGACAAGGGUGAUGACCAGAUGCUGCUGGGUCUCAUCGACAGACUUGGACCCUACAUGGCCUCCAUCGGCAUCCACAAGAACGGCACCUGGGUGAUCCAGAAGGUGAUCGACACGGCUCGCACCGAGGUUCAGAUGCAGCAGAUCACUGCUUUCCUGAAGCCGUAUACCCCUCCCCUUCUCCUGGACCAAUUCGGCAACUACGUCAUUCAGUGCUGCCUCCGCUUCGGAACGGUCUACAAUCAGUUCAUCUUCGACGCCAUCCACAACAAAUGCAUCGACAUUGUUCUGGGCCGCUUUGGUGCGCGCUCCACCCGCACCUGUCUUGAGAGCCAGUUCACCACCAAACGCCAGCAGAAGCACGUUGCCAUCUCCAUCGUCCAGAACGCUGUUCAGCUCUGCACGAACGCCAACGGUGCGCUUUUGAUCACCUGGUUGCUGGACACCUCGACUCUCCCAGGGCGCUUCCGCGUGCUGGCGCCCAAGCUUGCUCCUCACGUCUCUCAGCUCUGUGUGCACAAGCUGUCCUCGGGCACGAUCUUCAAGCUGGUGAGUCAGCGCUACGAAAUGGACGCCCGCGAUGUGAUCAUCAAGGCCAUUUUCUUCACCGACGACGUCACCCUUCGCGAGGUUCUGCUGGACCAUGUCCAUGGUGUGCCCCUCAUCCAGAGGGUCAUCCCCACUUGCUCCGUCGACGAGGAAAAGAUCCAGAUUGCCGAUCAGAUCCGUCUGGCCCUUGCCACGAUCAACCCCGAGCUCAAGGAAAGCGCUAUCGUCUACCGCCGCCUUUCGGAUGAGCUGCUGAACAUCAAGUCGUAUCUGCCGCGUUCGGAAGACCAGCCCGACUUUGCCGAGGAUAUCGUGUCGCCCCUCAACCCGAUUCACUUCUUUCCCCAGAACGGAAACGGCACGGUGCCAUACGGCACCAUGAAUGGCAUCCCGCACCACCUGCCCACCCCGAUGCACUCUCCCCAGCGCAACGGUGGCGGUAUGGGCAUCCAUUCGCCCAUCAACGCCCAUCCCCGUCCCCAGGGCUUUUCCCUGCCUCCGUCCCAAGGCCAGCGACAGGGCGUCCCGCCUGCCUUCAACCACCCCUACGACGCCAGUGGAGCAGACUCUUACGACAAUUACCCUGCCGGCGCCGGCGCUGCGGAUCCCGCACAGCCAUCCAAGUGGGCGCAAAAGUCGCCGGUGCAAGCCCCCAUGGAAGAUGCCUCGAGGGUAGCCGUCGACUAUUCCUAA